AUGUCCUCGGUGGUGCGGGUGCCGCGCGGCAGGCUGCUGCUGCGCCUCGGUCAGCGGGCGCCGCGGGGGCACGCGGGGCGCCCCGCGCGCUUCUGCAGCGGCGCCGGGGAUGGCGCCGAGGGGCCCAAGAAGCCGCCGAAGGGCUUCGAGAAGUUCUUCAAGGGGCCGAGGAGCGCUGGCAAGGUCGAGGGCGAGACGGCUGCAAAGGAGGGGCAGAAGGGGCCAGCUGAAGUGCCGGGCAAGAAGGAAGGCCCAGCUGGCAAGGAGGGCCCAGCCGGUAAGGGGGAGCCAGCAGCGAAGAAAGGCACCUCGUCGUCUUCGAGCAGCAGCAGCAGCAGCAGCAGCAGCUCUCCGUCGCAGCCACAGCUCAGCCGCCAGAACGGGGUCAUGCUGGGAGCAGGAGCUGCUCUCGUGGCGGUCUACGCUCUCACCGGCCAGGGCGAGCCCGCCGAGGAGAUCACGAUCCAGGAGCUGCUGAGGGAGUACCUGAUGAAGGGCUACGUGGACAGGAUCCAGAUCGUCAACAAGGCGCACGCCAGGGUGCAGCUGAGGCCCGAUGCUCCAGGGGCAAGCUCUUCCAGCGGCCCGAAGACCUUCACCAUCGAGCUCGGCACGCCAGAGGCGUUCGAGGCCAAGCUCGAGGGCAUGCAGGGCGAGCUGGGCGUGUCACCGGUGGACUUCGUGCCCAUCCAGUACGUCAGCGAGACUGACAUUUUGCAGGUUCUCCUGCCGUACCUGCCAUCGCUGCUCUUCCUAAUCCCGAUGCUCAUGGCUGCCCGGGCCAUGUCUGGUGGCAUGGGCGGGGGGCCGGGCGGGCCUGGAGGCCGAAAUAUGUUCAGCAUCGGCAAGGCGUUCCCCUCUGGGCAGAAGGACCUGAAGUCGAAGGUCAAGUUUAGCGACGUCGCUGGCCUCGAGCAGGCCAAGAAGGAGGUGGUCGAGUUCGUCGACUUCCUGAAGGAGCCCGCGAAAUACGAGAAGCUGGGCGCUCGGGUGCCGAAGGGUGGCCUGCUGGUGGGCCCGCCUGGAACAGGGAAGACGCUGCUUGCGAAGGCGGUGGCCGGCGAGGCAGACUGCCCGUUCUACUCCAUGAGCGGCUCCGACUUCGUCGAGAUGUACGUCGGGGUCGGGCCCUCGCGCGUGCGCGACCUCUUCCAGCAGGCGCGCGCCAGCGCGCCGUCCAUCAUCUUCAUCGACGAGAUCGACGCCGUGGGCCGCAAGCGAGGCAAGAGCGGUUUCAGCGGUGGCAACGACGAGCGCGAAAACACGCUGAACCAGAUGCUCGUCGAGAUGGACGGGUUCUCGUCUGGUACGGGCGUCGUCGUGCUCGCAGGCACCAACCGAGCAGACGUCCUGGACCCGGCCCUGCUGCGGCCGGGGCGCUUCGACCGGCAGAUCGCCAUCGACAAGCCCGACAUCAGCGAGCGGGAGGCCAUUUUCAAGGUGCACUUGAAGCCCGUGGCCCUGUCGGAGGAUCUGGGCGUAGACAGUGUAGCCAAAAGAAUGGCAGCACUGUGCCCAGGGUUUGCUGGAGCAGACAUAGCCAACAUUUGCAACGAGGCCGCCAUCUUCGCUGCCCGCCGCAGCGCGGCCACGGUUGAGAUGCAGGAUUAA